CAGUUUCACAUUACUGACUCCUCCGCACUGUCGACAUUUACCCGAGAAAAACACGGGUGAAAACGUGACCUGGACUAAGCCGAUACGACGCUACUUUUACUUCCACCAACAAUAGCUUACCUCUUCUACCAAUUUGUCGUCCUCUUCUUUUUUUAGACAAUCUUUAUUCUGGAAGUUAAAAUGAGAAAUCUGUGGUUGUUGUUUCUCGUCGGACUGGCGACAGGAUUUAUUGGUGAGAAAAAACUCUUGGUCUCCUCCCAGUCACCGCUGUCUGCAGCAGACGACCUGUACUUAGAGGGCCGCACAUCUGGGGACCUGCCUAUAGAUGAUGAGGAUGGUGACGAUGACGGCUCAGGCUCAGGCUCUGGAGACUAUGAUUUCGUCUAUGCAGACAAAGAAGAGUUAAUCAGGAGAAUCCUCAACUUCUCUCGAACCACAGUCUCCAAAGAACUGGAGCCAGCUCAGCCACAGCCAUCAGCACAAUCUCCCCACAUCCCAACAACCACAGCAGCUGACAGCCAUGUCCACAUAGUAACAGAAAAAACAAAACCUGAUGAAGACAACAGGGAGGAGAAGGUGCCAGAUGUUGUCCCAACAGCUGAGCGUUCCACAGAGCAUACGAGCACCACCUCUGCUGCCAGUGAAACCACCACAACCACAGUCAGCGUAGACAUCGGUGUAGUCAAAGAGCAUGAAGAGGACAACAGUUUGGACAGGUGGGACAUCACCACACCCGGCGAAAUUUUGAUCCAGGAGGAGAACAACGAAGUCUGGGGCAGAGACAAACGCAUAAAAAAUGCCGAAGAGGUCACGUCGGAAAACAUGUGGGAGAGGACAGAAGUUCUUGCAGCUGUGAUAGCAUGUGGAGUUGUGGGAUUCCUCUGUGCUGUUUUCCUGCUCCUACUUCUCGCCUACCGUAUGAAGAAGAAGGACGAAGGCAGCUAUGACCUUGGAGACACCAAACUGUCCACGACAGUUUAUCACAAAGCGCCCACCAAGGAGUUUUAUGCCUGAACCUCAUAACUGGGACUUAUCAUGGAUUCUGUCAUUUGCCAAAGGGCUGAGGAUCAGGAAACAUCAGAUUUCUUUUGAUGUGCAUUCCUGAAGACCAGCACCUGUACUCUUCUCAAUGUUCCUUAGAUUUACUUUUAUUUUUCUUCAUCAUUCCUAUGUUCAUCUUAUGCCAUCUUGAUGUUUUUCUUUCUUUAAAAGAAAACACAUUCAUAUCAUUCCAACCUGGUUUUGGAGCGAGACAUUAAUACUCAUCCUCAAUUUUAGAGACAAUAAUCUUCACUGCAGGAAUCGGUGGGUCUAUUUUAGGGAGGCGAUCAGCUUUAAUGUAAUAAUGACCUGGUGCCUUUAACUUGUUUAAAGUGAAGCAUGCCGGUUUUGACCUUUGACAAAUCCACUGUGCCUUUUAGCCUAACAGACAUUUGCAGCCAAGAAGAACAGCAGGAGUCUGUGAACCUAGGAUUCCUCAUAAUGGAUUUUCUGCGCUGUUGAAUAAAACUUUGUUACUAAGUAAUGGGAUAAUUCUAAGGAUUUGACAUUUAUUUGAGGGCAGACUGGUUUGACAGCUUUCUCUGUUACAUUUCAUUUUUCUGUUGCCUGUGCUGAAUUGAAGAUUUAAUGUCAUCAUGAAGAAUGAAUAUGUUUUUUUUUCCAUACGCUGUCCAGUAUUGAUAUGAGAUUUGUUACUCAUCGGGUACUUUGGUUUUUUUUUUGUUUGUUUGUUUGUUUGGUUGGUUUUUUUUUUUUGUAAUUUUUUUGACACGUAAACCUGGCCAAAUAUAAAUGUUCUCUAAUGGCUUUUGGUUAAAAAAAGACAUUUUUAGUACUUUUUAAAUGUGAUUGCAUAUUUGUAGGUUCUGUUUCCAGUUCCAUUUUUCUUUUUAAAUAUUGUGCAUUCACAAAGUGUCAUCCCUGAACAUUUAAACGCCUAACCAACAAUGAUAUUAUUUUGAAAAGAGUGCAGCGAAUGUAGGACAGGAUUGUUGAGAUACAAUAAAGAGCCAAAGUUAAAUUACUAUAAUCCAAAAACUGUAGACGUGACCAGUGUUGUCUGACAGAAGCCAAAACACAUUCCUGUUGACUACACAGCUGAAGUGAGACCCUGAAGCUUAAAGACGGUUCAUUGUUUCCUAUGGGUUUUUGAGACCAGCAGCCAAAAAGAAUCAAUAAAAAUAUAUACAUAUAUAUGUACAGUAUCCGCUUUCUUCGUAACUGUAACAUUUAGUGAGUCACGUAAUCUGUCAUGAUUGUAAAACUGUCUCGGUCUAUUUUUUUUAUAUGCUAAUGAAUGAUGCUGAGUAAUUGUUUAAAAAAUAUUUAGGGCUUUAAUAAAAUUAUUUCCACAUACUUGUUUUACUUAAAUGCAACCAGUAGAGAGAUUAUACUGUACAAAAUAAUAUUAAAUAUUCUGUUGUUUUUUUUCCAGUAUGGGGCUUGUGGAAUUCCAUUCAGCUAAUAAUUAUACAGUUUUAGAUUAAUGAUUUUUUGACUCUAGCCAUUAAUUUAAUGUGGACAAAUGUACUGUAAUUUUUUCCUGUUUUCUUAAAACUUAAAACUAAAUUCUUAAACUUAUAAAAAUCUUUAUCAAACUGCAUUUGACUUCAUUGGUAAGCUUAGUAGUGUAACUGAGUGAACGCGCAGUUUAUCUUCACUUUUCAUAUUAAUCUUUUUUUAAACAUUGUAAUGUUUAAAAUGAAACAUACAAUAUUUUCUUUACAUUUUAGUUUUUUAAUGUUACUUCCCUGAUUGAACAGUUUAUAUAACCUAGUAUGUGAUGCCACAUCUUUUUUUGCUUCUAAAUAUAAUAUUUUUAUCAUACAAAUUGCUUGAUCAUAAUAGAACUUGUUUUAGAAUAAUUCUAGACUAAGUGAAUGCAAAAUUAUAUGCAAACUACCUAUUGACUAUGGUCGGAAUAAAUGAUCCUAUAGCUAACCUUAUGUGACUUGUGCUAGUUGUUGGGCACUUGAUUCCUUGGUGCCUUACAGUUCAUUGUCCACACUGAUUCUCAGUAUUUGUUUUUUUUCUUUCUUUCUUUCUUGGACCUUUAAACUGUACAGAACCACAUCUUGAAUUCUGGGCUUCACUGCCUCAGUGGGAUCAGUUUACAGAAUUCUGAUUCUAAUCUGUAAAUGCUGGUAUUCAGAUCAGAAUCCAACAGGUGACCAAUGACUUGGGCAUUUUUUUUUCCUAAGAUCUCUUUAUGUUCAUAUGGUACGUUGACGAUACUCUAAUUUAUGUAUUAAUUUAUACGCGCUAAAACUAUAGUCUACGUUAGUGUGAUACUGAUUAGUUAACUGUACAAUCUUUACUUGUGGUUAACAUGUAUUUGUGCUUAUUGAUUAUGCCAUUUCUUUAUUGUUUGUUUUUAAAGCCUUUGAUUUAAUUCCAAAUAUUCUUCAAAAUAAAAAACACUUAAGGUACUAUAAUUUCAUUUUAAGUAAUGUAAGUCCACCAACGACAAUGGUCUUUUUCAGCCUAAUGAAAAAUCAAAAAAGCACUAACCAUUAAUCCAUUUGACACCAUUUUGUUAAACUGUGUACAAAAGGCAGCAAGAACAUAACUGUUGCUGAUAUUGUGCAUCUUCUGAGGUUCACUACUGAAUAAAAGAAACGUGGCUUUAAA